AUGUCUACCACGUCUUCGGCGGGGCGCGCGGCGCCCGCGUGGGACUUGAAGGGGCCGCUGCGAUUCACGCUCUCCACGCUCAACCUGCGCAGCGUCAUGGACAGAUGGUCGGAACGGCGGCCCUUGCUGCGCGACACGGUGCGCCGGACAAACGCCCACGUCCACUGCUUCCAAGAGGUUCUCACGGCGUCGUUCGGACAGGACACGCACCUUCUCGGGCACGGAUUCAGCUCGCACGGUUGCACCGCAGCUCUGGACAACGUGCGCGCCAUGGGAAGAGUGGGCGCGUGCUACGCGUGGGUCGUGGACCGCUGUGCGAGCUUCCCGCCCACCCGCUCCAUCAUGCAUGCUCUCCCCGGCGCCGUGGAGUCGGCGCGCGAGCGCUGGGGCUGCGGGGGCUCCUUCAUGACGCUCCUCAAGGACCUCACCGUCCUCCCGUUCUACGGGAACUCGAUCUGCACGCGCCAGAGCGCCGCGCACGUCCACCGCCACGAAGUGCUGCGUCUCGGUCGCUUCCGGUCUGCGCAACGGGCGCUCGUGGUCGUGGACGGUGCCGCCGUCGUGGCCGCGGACAGCGCGCACAGCAGCGCCGCCGCGCGCCGGUCCGGCGGCGCAGGGAACAGUAGCGGGCGCGAGGGCGCGCGGGCGGCGACGGCGGCCCCGCGGCAGCCGUCGGCGACGCGCGAGGAAAGCGGGGAGGCGCGGCGGGGGAGCGGCGCGUCCGCGGACGCGGACGGGCGGCACAGCGGGCAAGUGGCGGUGUGGGUGGUGAACGCGCACUUGGAUCAUGAGAACGAGCGAUACCGGGAGCGGCAGGCCGCGAAGGUGCUGCGGUGGAUGGAGGGCGUCGAGGACGAGGCGGCGGGGGUCGUGAUCGCAGGGGACUUCAACGCGCGGCCCACCGAGGCCAUGCACAAGCUGCUGCUCAGGAACGGGUACCGGUCGGCGUACGCGGCGCGGCAUGGGAAGGAGCCGGAGCGGACGUGGCCGUCGGGCAUCCGCGCGCCGCUGGCUGACACAGGGGACCCGGAGUGUGUGGACUACAUCUACUACCGCCCCUGUCAGGGGUACGCCGUGCGCGUGACGGACGCGGAGCUCACGGGGACGGAGCACGACCGCGCCGACGACGGGCUGUACCCGACGGACCACUACGGCAUCGUAGCGAAGCUGGAGGUGUCUCCCCUGCGCGGGUUUGCACAGGGCGCGCUGGCGGACGUGACGGAGCGCGUGCGGGCCAUGGUCGGCCAGCGCGGGGGGUUCUCCGAGGAGGUCGUCGUGGACGUGCCGGAGGACGCGGCGGGCGCGAGCGGGGGCGGCGGGCAGUGA